GAGGGGUGGUGGAUAGCGGCCCGUCAGUCAAGCCGUCCCGGGGAGCGACCUGUCAAUCAAGCUGUCCCGGGUAGCGGCCUGUCAAUCAAGCUGUCCCGGGGAGCGGCCCGUCAGUCAAGCUGUCCCGGGGAGCGGCCUGUCAAUCAAACUGUCCCGGGAAGAGACGUGCAGCGGAGUCAACACAAAUACAUGCUCGGCAUUUUUUACACCGCCUGCUUCUCCAUUGUCAUCGGAGCGCGGGGCCACAAUGCAAAAGGCAGAGAAAUCCAGGCGGAGGAGAUGGCUCAGUACAGAGAGCGAGUCAAAGACAUGUUUUAUCAUGCCUACAACAACUAUCUGGAGAAUGCUUUCCCUUAUGAUGAACUACGACCUUUGACUUGUGAUGGCCAGGAUACGUGGGGGAGCUUUUCUCUGACGCUGAUCGAUGCAUUAGACACGCUCUUGGUGCUGGGUAAUGUGACUGAAUUUCAGAGAGUUUUUCACGUUCUUCAGGAUGGAGUGAACUUUGACAUAGACGUCAAUGCAUCUGUGUUUGAGACCAACAUUCGAGUGGUGGGAGGCUUAUUGUCUGCUCACUUACUCUCUAAAGAGGGCGGAAUCAAGGUGGAGCCAGGAUGGCCCUGCUCUGGACCUUUGCUCAGAUUGGCGGAGGAAGCUGCUCGCAGGCUGCUACCAGCUUUCCAGACUCCAACAGGAAUGCCUUAUGGAACAGUGAACCUCAUGAACGGAGUUAAUCCCAGUGAGACCCCAGUCACUUGCACUGCUGGUAUCGGCACCUUCAUUCUGGAAUUUGCUACUCUCAGCCGUCUGACAGGUGACCCUGUGUUUGAGGAAGUAGCGAGGAAAGCACUGGACGCACUAUGGAACAGCCGAUCGGAUAUUGGGCUUGUUGGAAACCAUAUCGAUGUCCUAACGUCAAAGUGGGUGGCACAGGAUGCUGGGAUUGGGGCAGGGAUCGACUCUUACUUUGAAUAUCUGGUGAAAGGAGCCAUCCUAUUACAGGAUGAAGGGCUGAUGUCUUCCUUCCUUGAUUAUGAUAAAGUAAUUAAGAAUUACACAAAGUUUGAAGACUGGUAUGUGUGGGUUCAGAUGUACAAAGGCACCAUCUCCAUGCCUGUCUUCCAGUCUCUCGACGCUUUCUGGCCAGGACUACAGAGCCUGAUUGGCGACAUUAGUAAUGCCAUGAAAACAUUCCACAACUAUUACCAGGUUUGGAAGCAGUACGGUGGCCUCCCUGAGUUCUACAGCAUCCCUCAGGGUUCGACUGUGGACAAGCGGGAAGGCUAUCCACUACGGCCAGAGCUUGUGGAGAGUGCUAUGUAUCUGUAUCGAGCAACUGGAGAUCCAACCCUCCUGGAGCUGGGCAGGGACGUCAUUGAGGCUAUUGAGAAGAUCAGCCGUGUGGAUUGUGGCUUUGCUACUGUGCGGGACUUACGGGACCACAAACUAGACAAUCGCAUGGAGUCUUUCUUCCUGGCGGAGACGGUGAAGUAUCUCUACCUGCUCUUUGACCCUGACAACUUUCUCCAUAACGAUGGGUCCACCUUCUACACUGUCACCACACCUUACGGCGAAUGCGUACUGGGCGCCGGUGGCUACCUGUUCAACACCGAGGCACACCCCAUCGACCCCGCGGCCUUGCACUGCUGCAGCCAGCACAAGGAGGACCGGUGGGAAGUUGAGGGGCUGAUGCAAGGCUUCCGCGCCUCGCAAUAUGUGAGGAUGGGACUAUCUGCGCCUGGUGCUUCAGAGCAAUAUCUUCAAUACAGCAAGAAAAUACGGACAGCCCAAGAUGGAGAAAAAAUAAAUAAGAGGACAAAUAAAAAAAGGGUUCCAAUACUAAGCUGCCCCAGUCAGCAUUUUAGCUCAAAGCUCGCAGUGUUAGGUCAAGUGUUUACAGACUAUUCCUAGUGUAUACAAUGAUCUAAAGGGACUCUAUUUAUGAAAUUAAGUGGAAUAAAGUUUGACUGUUUUAUUUU